AUGAAAACCAAAAUCAUUCGAAUCGACCAUCUCUUCUUCUUCUUCUUCUUCUUCUUCUUCUUCUUCUUCUUCUUCUUCUUCUUCUUCACCCUCAUGUUUUACUCACUCGCCGACUUUUAUAAUGAUCACAUUACAAUCUAUCUAUCUAUCUAUCUAUCUAUCUAUCUAUCUAUCUAUCUAUCUAUGUUCAUUUACAUUUUCUCAUCAAAUCUAUCUAUAUUUGUUCAUAUAUAUCUUCUCAUCAAAUCUAUCUAUCUAUCUAUCUAUCUAUCUAUCUAUCUAUCUAUCUAUCUAUCUGUUUAUAUUAUAGAGAAACUACUUCUCCGUAUCAUCUUUGUUAAUAUAUAUCGUCUCCUCCUAUCUAUCUAUCUAUCUAUGUUCAUUUACAUUUUCUCAUCAAAUCUAUCUAUAUUUGUUCAUAUAUAUCUUCUCAUCAAAUCUAUCUAUCUAUCUAUCUAUCUAUCUGACUGGAUCUCCCUUGUAUUUUGA